UAUUUAAAUAACCCUCAAAAAUGUCUAAGACAAAAGCAUCUACUAUGGAUAGAAUGGGCCAGAUCUUCUCAGGUAUGGUUAUGAAUGAGGCCAUCAAGGACAAGGAAAAAGAGUUUGAGGGCAGCCUUGUCCCAACUGACCAAGAAAAAGAAGCCUACUACAGAGACGAAGAAAAGGAAGAAGAUAGUGAAGACGACGACGAUUUCAAAUUGGAUGACGAAGACAGUCUCAACGUCCUAGAAGCUCUCAAAGCUAAAAGACUCAAAGAGAUGAAAAAGGAAGCGAAAGAAAUGGUCGAAAAUAAAGCCAAAGGGCAUGGAGAUUACAGAGAAAUCACCCAAGAUGAAUUUCUACCAACAGUGACUAAGUCUAAGAGAUCAGUCGUACAUUUCUAUCACAAAGAUUUUGAAAGAUGUAAGAUUGUUGAUAUGCACCUGAGAGAAAUAGCAAAAACACAUCUUGAAGCGAGGUUUAUCUGCUUAGAUGCAGAGAAAGCUCCCUUCUUUAUUGGAAAACUUCAGAUUCAAGUUCUCCCAACUAUUAUCCUCUUCAUUGAUGGAGUAGCAGUAGAUAGAAUAGUUGGAUUCGAAGAAUUAGGUGGGGAAGAUGAUUUUGAUACAAUUAUCCUCACUAGAAGGCUUGUUAUGUCUAAAAUACUUGAUGCUAAGACCAAAGCAGAAGAAGGAAGAAUUAGCAUCAAGAAAGGAGGGCAUAGAUCCGACUCGGAUGAUGAUGAAUAUUAAUUCAAUUCAGUAUGAAAUAUAAGGG